AGGCUGUUCCUGAUCCCAAGCCCGAGUUAGAAUAUAAGGAGGCGAUUUGAGCAAGUUUCUUGCCAUGAAUAGCGCUAGACAUAGACAGUGGAUGGAGGAUUUUGAAAAGUCAUCUCGGGAAUUUGCUGAAGCAGUUCAAAAACCAGAGAGACAGAGGAUCAUAUACUUCGUACCUUUUAUCGGCGUGUCAUCUUUUGCUGUAGCCGCCUUAAUUAAUUACGAGCUUGGAAGCUCUCCGAAGAGAAGCGACGUGCUCAAGAGCUCUCCGAACAAAAGCGGCGUUCAGAGCCCCAGCCACACGAGACUGCAUAAUUUUGGGGAGUUGAAUGUUUUUGUCCCUUUGUCUCUCUUUGAAUUCUCUUCUUUCUUUUGAACUUUGUGAUCGUCCUCUGCCAUUUGUAAAGCAUA